AUGAGUACUCUAGCCUCCAAGCUCAAGGAACUAGAGGAGUUGACGUCAAAUGCAAAGCAAAUACAAGAUGAAAUGUUGGAGGAGAUACUCAAAGCUAACGCCAACACAGAAUAUCUCCGACGUUUCCUCCAUGGGAGCUCUGAUAAAAAUCUCUUCCAAAAGAAUGUACCGGUGUCGAGUUACGAGGAUGUUAAGCCUUAUAUCGAACGGGUCGCAAACGGAGAACCCUCAUAUAUCAUUUCGGGCGAACCUAUUACUAAUUUCUUGCUAAGCGAGUGGAUCACCGACCUUAGUUGCAGAGAAUCUGUCUCUGCCAUACUUGGAGGACCCAAUCUUGAAUUGGCAGAUAUAAUUGAGCAUGAAUGCAGCCAGAAGUCAUGGGAAGGUAUCAUCACUCGGCUAUGGCCCAACAUCAAUUCAUUCAAAGCACAUACUACAGGACAAAUGAGUCAAUACAUUCCAACAUUGGAGUUCUACUCCAAAGAUUGCCUCUCAUCUCCAUGGCUUAUGUUUCUUCUGAAACAUUACUUUGGAGUAAAUGUGAAUCCAUUAUGCAAGCCACAAGAUGUAUCAUACACAUUUAUGCCAAACAUGUCCUACUUUGAGUUCCUACUUGUUGACGAAGGAAUCAAUGAUGAAAUUGUUGAUCUUGUGGACGUCAAGAUAGGGUACUAUUAUGAGCCAUUGGUCACAAAUCAUUUCGGCUUAUACAGAUACAAAAUGGGAGAUAUUCUACAAGCGACUGGAUUUUACAAUAGUGCUCCUCAGUUCAAAUUUGUACGUAGAAAAAAUGUUGUUAUAAGCGUCCAAGUGGAGACAACAACUGAAGAAGAUCUUUUAAAGGCGUUGAAUCAUGCGGCUCACAUCCUUGAAUCUUCAGGUUUAAUGUUGAUGGGGUUCACAUGUUAUUCUGAUAUCUCCACUAACCCUGGUCACUAUGUUCUUUAUUGGGAGCUUAAAGCCAAAAAAACAAAUGGCAUUGUUAAGCUUGAUAACAAGUUACUGGUUGAAUGUUGCUGUGUAGUUGAAGAAUCAUUUGACAUUCUUUACAAAAGACUUAGGAGCAAAUCUGGUCAACUCGGACCUCUAGAGAUAAGGGUGGUGCAACAAGGAACAUUUGAUUCUCUCAUGGACUAUUUAAUCUCCAAAGGUGCUUCUGCAUCCCAAUACAAGACACCUCUAUGCAUUAACUCUCCUGGCGUGUUAGCAAUUCUUGAAGACAAAGUUCUUGCUCGGUUCUUUAGCGAUAAAUCCCCUCCUGUCUGA